UACGGAUCUCUUUCAUGGAUGGACCCAGGCUCUUCUGAAAGGGCUAGCAUGUCAGGAAACUCUGGAUGCCCCUUCUUCCUCUGGGGACUUCUAGCCUUCUUGGGCUUGGCUCUGGUUAUAUCGUUGAUCUUCAAUAUUUCCCACUAUGUAGAGAAGCAGAGACGAGAUGAAAUAUACAGAUACUCUGAUGACUACAUUCCAAGAGUUGAUGAAUAUUAUGUUGAAGAUGCUCCAAUUUAUGGUAACUUAGAAAAUAUAAUCCCAGAACCACUGGAUGAGGACUGCUAUGAACAAAUGAAAGGUCGACCUCAGAGAUCUGCAAGUGAUCCGCAGGAAGUGGCUGCACCUGCACAGGUACCUGCUGAAGCUCAGAUGUGCUAUGCCUCACUGGAUCACAGCGUGAAGGGGAAACGCAGAAGGCCCAGGAAACAGAAUACUAAUUUAUCAGACAGAGGAAAGGAUACACAAGUCUAUACAAUGGAUGCCAACGUUUCUCAGAUAAAUAUGGUAGAAAGUUUCCCACCAGAUAACCAGGUAGUAGAGGAAAGCAUUCAUGAUGAUCCCGCUAGACUGUUUGGGUUGAUCCGUGCCAAAAGAGAGCCUGUAAUCUAACUGGACCAUCAUCCAUCUCAAUGAUAACACCCUAUGAAAGAUGGUUAAAAUCCCUCAUGUGACACACAGGGACUGGCAGGGUGACAGUCUGCUCAUUUGUCAAUGGGAUGGUACCUUCCUUUCUCUUCAUGGAUUGCAUCCCUGCACAUUAAGUCUAAUUAAAAUUAUCUAGAUAAAUUCAGUCAAAGAAUAUCCAAAUAGGAAAAGGAAAAUAAUAAAAUCCAGUUUGCAACUUAAAUUACUUGGUAAUAAAAUCAAAACGAACAGUAAUACCUAAUAAGGACAAAUUGUAAAAAUAUCAAAGUACAUAUGUGCUAUAGGAUAUCUUGAAUAAAAGAGAAAAGCCAGUGUCUUAAAAGGUUAAUCAGUAAAACACAUCUUCUUUCAUCACUGUGAAUAAAUAAUUAGAAGAAAUUUCUGAUUAAAAGUACACUGCCAAGAAAAUUAGAAUAAGCUUGAGUAUUUUUCCAAAAUGUAAAUAGUAUUAUCAGUUUUUAAACUGUUAUAAAAAUAAAUCCAUGCUCUUUGCAACAAUUAAAAAUUAAGAACAUGGAAAAUUUUACUAGUCAGAGAUAAUCAAUAUGAAUAACUUUCUCUGUGUUUUGGGAUAUUUUACUGGACAUAACCAUCUAUGUGUAUCAGCCUUUCUUGUUUUUCUGUUUUAACUUAAAAGUAGGGGAUUAUGCAUAGUAUUUAAAUUCUCUUUGUGUAUCAAGAGACUAUGGCUUUAGCUCUACUAUAUUUAACUAUAUUAACCUGUAUACAGUUUUGUAUUUGAUGAUUCUGGGAAGCAAACACAAGGUCUUUCAGAUGGAAGACAAGUGCUCCACCCCUGAGCUCCAUCCCAAGUCUGUCUAAAAAUUCUGAUGUCUGCAUUGUAUCUCAUUUAUGAUUAAAUCAUAAUUCAUU